CCGAUUAGUGUCUUAUUUUCUGACAGUUGGGACAGAUUCCAUUCAUCGUCUUGUGACUCAAGCGCGCAUCAUUUAUCGUUCAAGAUCCUUCCCUCAGCACAGACGCUUGAAUCUAUAGUGUCGUUCUCCUCAUGGCAGCAAGGGGACGCUAUACCGGAAGUCAACGAGUUCGACAGCGACACGCGUAAAUUAAACUUUAAACAUAUACUGUAUAUAUGUAUAUAUAACUUCGCCUGGAGGUUUACUGUGCGCAGGUAAAACACAAAGCCAAACGAGGUCGCUAUAACGUCCAUGCACACACCAGGAGCGUUUCUUGAAGGAGAGGCUGCUACUAUAAGCUAAUGUUAGCAUCGGUGCUAAAAACAAACGCCGACUUAACAUAGCGACACCAUAAAUGCACUGUUUACUCGGGCUGUAGUAUAUAAGUAACACAAGUGACGACUAGUCAAUGCGCGUAAUACGAUUAACCGACUGUUAAAAGCAUUUAUUUCUCCUAAACUUUCUGAGCGCCGGUAUUCUUCGACAGUGCAGGUUGGCGACACCAAGUGUGUAAAGACUUCAGCUGCAGCACGUCAUUUUCCUGCGUGGAGUACAUUGCUUUUAACCGUGUUUAUUAACGUUACGACAUGCAUGUUUUUACAAGCCAGAGUCAGAAAAGCUUAAUCCCAGGGGAAAUGUUGUGCCUAACGUUACAUGCUCCGUAAACAACAAACAUACAGAUAUGAAAUGUGAAACAUGAAAUUCUCAUUUUUUUUAAACAGACAGUAUAUAACAGUUCAUUUUAACAAUUCUAAAUCUUAGCAAUUCCAUUUUUAUUUGUAUGAUGGUUGACCACAUUCCCUCCUUUUCCUGCUUUUUGUCCCUUUUUCAAUGAUAGAGCUGUGUAGAAUAAAAAAGAGAUUGCAAUAAAGUACAAAUGAAAAGAACUGACUUAAUUCCCUGACCAGGAGAUUAAUGCAGUUACACCACAUACUAUUUUGAGCUAAAUAUUCUGAAUAUACCUUCACCCCUGUAGACUGCUAUUAUUAUUUUUGUUGAUAUUGCCGCGUAUAUACGAAGCUGAACUCCAUGUUUAUCCCCUCUCUUCAUGGCUGAGUCAAAUCCUCAACAGAAGCAGCACGGCUGUGUUGUGUUGUUGGUUGUGAAUUAUGUGAUCAGCAUUUCAGACAAACAAUGUUUUUUGGCACUUGGAACCGUGUUCUGGAGACAGUUGGUGCUGGUGAACCAGUUAGUCAGAUUUAGUCAUCACAUGCCUCAGUCGUGUCAGUACCUGCGCCUGACUCAGAGAACGGCCAAGAAUCUGAUGAGCACAGCAGAAAUGUCUUUCUGUGUUUUUGUCUUCAGCUAAGUUUUUUGUUCAAAUUCAGAUUCUGUUUGGUCAGUACAAGGAGAAAACCUGCUCAGUCUCACUGUCCCGCUGCAGGAAAAUGAAAUGAGGAGCUCAGUCUGUAUUGUUUAAGUUUCACUUCUUGUUUCAGUUGUUACUACUUACAUUUGUUCAGGUCGUAUUAUUUCACUGUUCUGAAUCGCUUCUGUAUAGUAUACAGAUUUCUUUUUUAAUUGAGAAGCUUUCUCAAAAUAUUCUUUAAUUUUCUUUCAAGCACAUUUCUAUUUUUAAUAACGUGGCCGCUUCCUCUAAAAUCAUGAUUUAACUUUUCCAGAUUUUCCUUCUUUUAAAUAUAAAAUAAUACACGUUUGUUUGCGUCUCCCUACAUGAAAUCAGUUUGACCCAUAAGAAUGAAAACGCAAAAUGAAAAGCAACUAAUUUUUCUGGAAACUCGAAAUUAUUUCAGCAUAUGUAUACAGUGCCAUCUACUGGUGUAUAUCUAGACUGCAAGCUGUCACUCAAACAUUUCUUAACCCUAAAAAGCAUCUUUUCUCCUGACUCUUGGUGAUGCUUUCCAUCACAAAAUAACGACCAUUAUCUCAUCAAUUAACGGAAAAUAUUUCAUUCAACCAGCCAGUAAAUCAGAGUCAUGUCUCGUGGUUGUAAGGUUUAGUCGUUCCGGAAUUUCUGGAGACGUUUGAUGUCUCGGCAUGUAGUUGUGUUUGACCAGUCACCUCCGGAAGGACCGAUCGGACUGCGAAGAAUUCAACCUGCAGGUCCCGCUGGUGACCAGAGGGGUCAAGAGUUGCCAUGGCUGACUGAGGAUCUCCUGUGCUAGAUGAUGAAUGUGGUCGGAAACUGUUGGAGUCAAGAACCGAGUCCGCUUUGUUCGCUCAAAUAAACACGUGCGACUCAGUGAGCCACUGGCUGUGUGGCGAUCCAGGAGACCAAAUAAUAUGUGGCGACUUUGGAGCAUGUGCUCAUCUCUCUGCACCCAGCUCAACAGCAUCAGGUAAUGACCACUUCUUCACAGUAGUGACGGUUAGUUUGGCGCUGGAUUAAAGUCCUGAUGUGAUGACAUCAUAACACCUCUCUCUCACGCCUGUCUUUAACUGCUCCUGACCUCUGAUUGUACCCUGACAUUUAUUGUCCCAGAAGACAAACUGUCUUUGUGAUAACAGUGUCUUUUUAUGGCAGAAAUGCUGAAGAAUGUCCAGUUGCUCACGGUGCGGAGCAUCUCUAUCUGCACGCACAAACCUCCCUGUGUGCUCAGCAAACACUUUAAAUUGUUUAAACAUAAACAGUCCCAUGUAGCGCGGAUGAAGCCAGGAGAGAUAAGGGAGCAGAGUCAUUCCAACACUGGCACUGUAUCACAGAAAACUGCAGAGAAAUGGAUCUCUUGAAGAAGUUUGUGGAAGCACCAGGACGAGUGGGCCCUUCAAGACCUUUGACCCUUUCUCUUAACGCGGUGUUUGCUCGGUUAAGGAGGAAUGUUAGCGCUCACACACAUUACUACACACACACUUUACUCACCGCACAUCAACAAUGUAACUGAUAAUAUGUUCAUUCAUGACGUGCGAGCGGUUGGUGGGUGGGAUUCCCUACAAUAUGGUGGAAUCCGUCUCAAGGUGAGGUGGAUAAUGGAACUAAUGGGGCACUUUCAUCUUCAUUUCGAUGAAGCUGUUCCAUUCCCUCGACACACUCAACCUCUAGAAACAGGAAUGUGAUGGUGACUGACAGGGACGUUCACAGUUAGCACCCGAGUGGUGCUGGAGCCCCAGCUCUGCAGGGCAAAAGGGCCCUUUCUGGAGCCCAUUAUUAUUAUUAUUGUUUUGAUUUUGAUUGCUUGUUAAAAGGCACACAAUGGCUUUGUUGUAUAGUUUGAUAUUUUGAACUGGCUCAUGGUAAAAUGCUCUAUAUCUACAAGACACAAAGCGGCAUAUAGUCGCACACAGAGGUGUGAAAAAUUUUGCCAUAUCUCUGCCACAAUAGACGCAGUAAAAUUGAAUAUUUUAGUCACAAACCGACCAAUAACAAUAUUGAUGUUUUUUGUGAUGGGUGCCAUUUUUUAUGGCUUGAGCUCCAGCACUCCAAUAUGUACGUGCACUGGCCUGCUGACUGACUUGUCACUCUUGCAAACCUGCUACAAUAGAAAAUGUUUGCUGAUUUUCAUCCAUAAUAUUGAGAUGAACUAAAUGCAGUUUAUUUUGAUUGUUGGGGGGAAACGGAGUCCACGAGUUCCUUUCCGGGAAAGUGCAUCUUAAGAAGUUCCCUGACACCUCCACCAUUUCUUAUAGUUAACCUCAACUGGCUUGUUCUCUGUGCACUGCUGAUCUCUACAAGAAAACUUCACAGCAACUGUUCUUCUCAUGAAGAUUGAGAUCAUUCAAUGUGGACAGAAGAUCCACGUCAGGAGUAAUGUGCCAAAGCAGGUGCAUGGACUGAUGGAGCAAGGUCCCGGGGCUGGGUGAAGGAGGUAACAAAGAAGGACCAGGGACACAUGUAAGAACCUCCUAGCUACCUUCUCUAUGGUGCACUUGUCGGGCCAUCUGCAAGACACUGGCAACUAUGGCAUCUAUAAGGCUCUCCAACAGUGUGACUUCAGAUGAAGGACUGUGAAGGUUGACAGGUCCUGGGUUCGAAACUCGUGUUCUGGUGGAUUGGAGUGUGCCUUCCCUUGUGUCCCGAGAACCAUGGCUUCACAGGUGAUGGACCCGAUUCAUCCAGUCUCGUCACAUUAGAACCACAUUUAUCCAAGACCCGACACAUGAAGACAUAAAGCUUGCUCACUACUCAUCCAGAAGCGUGUCCUCCAAGCCUGAAAUCCCGCAAGAUCACAGGUGAAUAGAUAAGGGAUUCACUCAGAAGGUUGAAGACCUGACAGUCUCUCUGCUCCUGGUUCAGGUUUGGCGACGUUUAAAGUUCAUCCAGUUGUUCACAGUGAGUCCGUCUGCCUGUACUUGUGUGUAUAUGCAGGGGAUGCGACUAUGUACAGCGCUAACGGAUGGUGGAGAUGGUCUUGAUGCAUUUGAGGUCAAUAAAGAAAGUAAAAGUAGGCACAUAAACACACAAAGGCAGGAGGAGUUUAAAGACCUGCCAUUGCCACCUCAGAACCUCUCUGUCAAACACCGCCAGCAGUAACACAAAUACAGCUUUUAGUUUGUUUCUUAUUGGAUGUUAAAAUGUUCCCCAAUCUUUCAGGUGCCGACUCAGCAGGGAGGUGAAAUGAACUGUGUCAAGCCCCUCUUUCUCCCUCUCUCUCUCUCUCUCUCCAUGCCCCCCAUCACUCGCUCUCCCACCCUCAUUUGUGGCUCCACCCUGUGACAAAUAUAAGCUGUGUCCACAAGGUGGGCAUCUACUAUGAGCACAAAUCCCAGGGUUCCCCUCCGCGUGGUCCAGUGUCCGCCUGCUAUUCUUUCUGUCUGUCUGCCUGCAGUGACUAUUUCCCCAUAAUCGGACUCACGUGAAGGCCGUGGCCAUGCCUCCCCUCCCUGCCCCCGUCCUCCUGACCCUGCUGCAACUUGCAGCACUAGCGUAUGUCACCGCCGGGGCCUACUACAGACACAAGCCCCUCCCUCAACAGUACCAGCCCAUGCAGCAGCACCACAUGGGCAUGGGGCAAGAGAGCUUCCCUCAGCAACAGUAUCUCGGAAACGAGAUGCCCUUCAUGCAGUACCCCCACUACAGGAAGGAUCUGCCUCAAAUGCCUAUGCUCAAGGGCAAAGAAAACGGACGUAAAGGGGCCAGUUACAAAGGUGGACAAGACAAAGGUCAGACAAUUCCAAGUGGAGCCGAAGGAGUUCCUCAGGGAGAGCCAGGUCCAGCCGGACCUCCAGGACCAGAAGGGCCUCAGGGACCUCCUGGCACUCCAGGAAUUGGACAGGCAGGACCAGUGGGGCCACAAGGGCCUCCCGGUCCACCAGGUGAGACUGGAGUGGGCAAGUUAGGUUUGCCAGGACCACCAGGAAUUCCAGGGGAAGAUGGAGACAUUGGGCCACAAGGUGAAAUGGGCCCCACAGGUGAGGCCGGUCCUGCUGGGCAACCAGGCCCUCAAGGACCACCAGGGCCACCUGGCUUGCCGGGAAUUGGGAAAACAGGUGUGCAGGGCCUGCCAGGACAGCCAGGAGCUAAAGGAGAACCAGGCCACAAAGGUCUACCUGGGCUGCCUGGCUUACCUGGACCAAAAGGAGAUAAAGGAAUAGGCCAGCCAGGUCAACCAGGUCACAAAGGCCUUCCAGGACUGCCAGGACCUGCUGGCCCAAGAGGACUACCUGGCUUUGGAAAGCCUGGACUGAAUGGUAUGCAAGGUCCAAAAGGACCACCAGGUGAAAAGGGCCACCCUGGACUCAGAGGACCUCCAGGUCUACCUGGUGAAGGAGGAAAGCCAGGACCACCAGGUUUACCAGGCCAAGGCAAGAAUGGUGCAAAUGGUUUGCCCGGUCAAGCAGGUACACCAGGAAGUAAAGGUCACCCUGGACCACCAGGAUUGCCAGGAAAGCCUGGACUGCCUGGAUUUGGUAAGCCUGGACUUCCAGGUCCUAAAGGUGAUAAAGGUAUGGGUGGGCAACCUGGAGGUCCUGGACCAAAGGGUGAUAAAGGUCAUGGAGGGCUACCUGGAAGUAUUGGACCACCUGGCCCUAACGGGCCACCUGGUGCAGUUGGUCCGAUCGGUCCACCUGGUGAAAUAGGGACUCCUGGCCCAAAAGGAGAUUGUGGAGAAGGUGGACCCAAAGGACUUGAUGGUGUACAGGGUGAACCUGGUCCAACUGGGCUACCUGGAAAAGAUGGUAUGCCUGGAGAGCGUGGUGAUGCUGGGCCAAGAGGUCCUCCUGGUCCAAAUGGCGCCAAAGGUGAUGAUGGACAUAAAGGCCUUCCUGGACCUCCUGGCCCAGCUGGACCAACCGGGCCUAAGGGAGACAAUGGCGCACCCGGCGAAUUAGGGCCUCAAGGUCCAAAAGGAAUUCCUGGAAUUGACGGCGUAGCAGGUCCUAUUGGCCCCCCUGGUCUACCUGGUCCAAAAGGAGAUAGUGGACCUGCUGGACCCCCAGGUGUUGCUGCUGAAGGAAGUCCUGGUCUCCCUGGUCCUGUAGGACCCCCUGGAAAAGAAGGUCCUGCAGGACCAGCUGGGCAAAACGGUGUUCCAGGCCCUCCAGGGCCCCCUGGCCCACCUGGAGCACCUGGUCCUUCGCCAGACAUGGCUGGUGUUCUCUCUGAGAUGGGUCCUGGUCUGGACGGUGUGAAAGCUGGUGGUUACGGCAAGAAAGGCAAAUAUGCAGGAAACGGAGCUGAAGUCAUGGGUGCUAAUGGUCUGGAGAUGCCUGCCUUCACCGCAGUAGCCACGACUCCGUUCCCGCCAGUGGGCACGCCGGUGGUGCUCGAGAAGCUGCUGUACAACGGUCGCCAAAACUACAACCCCCAAACCGGAAUUUUUACCUGCGACAUGCCUGGCAUUUACUACUUUUCCUAUCACGUCAACUGCAAAGGAGCAAACGUUUGGGUGGCUCUGAUGAGGAACGAUGAGCCGGUGAUGUACACGUACGACGAGUACACCAAUGGUUUCCUGGAUCAGGCAUCAGGAAGUGCAGUUUUACCUCUCCAAACUGGCGACACCGUUUACAUUCAACUGCCGUCAGACCAAGCCGCUGGACUCUAUGCCGGGCAGUACGUUCACUCCUCGUUCUCUGGGUUUCUACUGUAUCCAAUGUAAGCGUGACUUCAUGAAGCUGAUGCGAGCUGAUACAAAGAGUGUCGGGAAGAUAAGGUCAGAAUGAAUAAAUGCAAUAAUGUGUGUCAGGUGAUGUCGGGAGUCUGUUUAGAUACAUUGUUCAACUAUGUACAGCUAUAAACGCGUGCAGUUAUUUUGCACAUUUGAUAAAAUCACCUCUGCAGUAUUAGAAAAUUAUAAGUAUUUUGAUGCUGAUAUUGUAAAGAAUAUGACGCGCAACAUUUCCCGCACAAACUGGCAGCUACCUCACGUGGCAAAGAAUGUGAACGAAAAGCAGACACCAGAACAGUUUGGGAGGCAAUGUAUAUUUUAUUUCUAGUGUACAUAAAGCUUUUAUCACCAUGAGGAGAAUGUAAAAUUGCAAUAACACCCCUCCGUGUUUUUGUUGUUAUGUUGUAUGUUUGUACAGAAGGCAAAUGGGAAAGUGGUCAUUGUGUUGUGUCGCUGUUGUCAUCGUGUCGUCUGUAUCACCGCAGGUCGCACGGUGGGAAACUAGCAAAGUGACAAAUCGACAAAUAUAAACGCACAUAUCAGGAAGAUCAUACACAUCAUGUGAAUGUAAACUAUAUCUCUUGAGGUCUUCAGCGGAGCGCGCUGGAAACGUUGCGUCGGGAUGGAAUGGUAAUAAGCUAAUUAUUAUGAUGGAUCUAUGGAAGUGAGAAAGCUCUAACAGACGAUGGUUUGUGAGGCCGGAUGGAAUAAACAUUGUUGGAGUCUUAGGAAAGUGCCUAGUAAAUAUGACGUUUCAGUUAUUUAUUUUUUUUGACUGUCAUAACAACGUACA